AUGCGUGAUAUUCAAGGAAAAUAUUCCAAAGAUUUGAAAGCAUGGAGUAAAAAAUGGAUUGGUACAUUUGAACAGAAUACUUCUUCACUAGCUUACUAUGAAACAACACACCAAAUGUUCAUAUCCAUCAGUUCAAUUGGUUAUGAGCUGGCCAAAAAAAUUGAUUAUUCACAUCGUCAGCUUCGGCAUGCUUCGAAAUUGAUCCCAACGGAAGAACAAUAUACAUCACGAGAAGCUCAGCUUGAACAAGCGCGUACAUCAGUCAAUCGUACUCAAAAUGACUUGAAUGCAUAUGAGAGAGAAUUGAGGAAACUCAAAGAUCGUUUAAAUCGAAUUAAAAAUCAAUUAAGAGAUCCGUCAUCGAAUGAAGUAGAACAAUCGAAAUUGAAAUUAAAACGAAGAGAUGUGGAAAAUAGUAUCGAACAAAUGAAAAACAAUAUUGAAUAUGCUACAAAAAUGUAUCAACGAGCUGAGAAAAAAUAUCACAAAGAUACUGUUGUUAUAUUUGAACAAAGUCAAGAAGAUGAACUGGAUCGAUUGCAAUCAUUGCGAGACACGCUAGUGGCUUUUCUCGAAGCUCUGGAUAUCAAGCGUGGUUCUUGGCAAGAUGCAAUAGAAAAACAUGAUUCCAAACGAGAUCUCAAUGCAUGGAAACAGAAAUUCUUUUCUUCAUCAAUUAGAUUACCAAACGCACAAUAA